AUGCAGAAUCCCUCCCUCCCUCUCCCUCCCCUUCUCUCCCCCUCCUCUCUCUGCCUCCCCCUCCUCUCUCUGACCUUCCCCAUGUACGAAAUCUCAUCGCUCCCUCCGGGAUGGCGUGUGCAGCUCGUCAUCAACGGGAGAGAGGCACUAGUCAACGAACACGCGACUCUGACUGUCGCAGUGCCUGGGCUGGUGGUUGGGCGCCACAACAUUCGGAUCAACAUCGUGGAUGAGGACGGCUUCGCACACGAGAAGGACUCGAGGAGCAUCUGGGUCAAGAAUGGCUGGAAGUGGGUUAACGACAUCAGAAUCGACCUAGCGAGCGCGUCCAAGUGCUCUGCAAGUCGAGCAUGCAUGUUCAACAUCACAGUCGCCGACGCCGACGGCACGCCUUACUCAGCUCAUUUCUUCCGUGCAAGGUUUUCGGGGCCUGCCAUUGUGAUGGGGGAGGUGGAGGAGAGGGCGGAUGGGGAGUACUUGGUCACAUGGCGCCCGAGGGAGCCGGGGUUGUACACUGCUACCAUCCUGCUCCUGCAUGCUAGCGGCAGCGGGAUCGCGGAUCCAGGUCAGGGGAUUCCUCGGUUCUUUGUCAACCAGCACAUCUAUGGAAGUCCCUUCACCGUCUUGGUUGACGAUGACGAGGAGGGGCAGAGGAUGGUGGAGAAGGUGGAGGAGGUAGAAGAGGGGUGGAGCCAGCGGGAGGAUGACGGUGGGCCGAACAAGCAGCCUCAGGGUCUGUGCAAGGGCAGAGCAAGUGCUGCGGAUCCUUACCUGUGGGGUGGGGGGAGAGCGCGUGCCGAUCCUUGGGUUUGGGUUCCAUAUCGAUGUGUCCUCCGCCCCUACAACGGCUCGGACCUGAAGCGCUGCGUCGGCAAGGGAGGAAAGCCUCCGACUUUGUUCCUCUCCGGCACAUCGCUCGUUCGCACCAUGUACUACGACCUUGUCUGCCUCCUCAACUCCACAUGCAACGCCAUCAAGGAGCACGAGGACCUAGUCUUCCCUGGCCCCCCCAAGAUCGUCUUCCACUGGUUUGCGAGGUUUGCCGAUCACCAGCCGUUCGCCGAGCUUCCGCUGGGCAUCACCGACGAACGCACAGGGCGCCUGAAGUUCAACAGCACAAUCCACGAUCUCCUAGACACGAUCAGCAGGGAGGCGCCAGAGGAGGAGGACGUGAUUGUUCUUGGAAGUCAGAUCUUUGACAUUCUCAAGGCUCCGCUGGGAGACUACGAGGAGAACUUGAAGGUGCUGAUUGAAGCUCUCAAGGGAGUCAAUGGCACGAUCCUUUGGAGGACAGGGGAAGCGCUUCAUGACUCGACUCUGGACGCGUAUGCUGGAGGACAAGAGGAGCUGGGAUUUCAGCAAGAGGCCAGGGAGGAGGCCAACAAGAUCGCCAUCAAGCUCUUCCAUGCCGGUAUCUACUUCCUCUCCCUUGCCAGAUCGGCACGAUGA